GCUGCUGGAGCCAUUGACCCGUCUCCCACCGACUCCCGGCGGUGCCGGAGUUGGGUGGGUGAGCGGUAUAAAGCUGUUGGCGGAGAGGAGGCGCCGCGUACUGCGCUUUCGAGGUUCACUGUGUUUCCUUGACCACCUCUCGGUCACCUUUGGUGCCUGAAGGAGGAAACAGUGACAGACCUGGAGACUGAAGUUCUUUAUCCCUCACACAGCUCUUUCACCAUGCCUGGGUCACUUCCUUUGAAUGCAGAAGCCUGCUGGCCAAAAGAUGUGGGAAUUGUUGCACUUGAGAUCUAUAUUCCUUCUCAAUAUGUUGAUCAAGCAGAGUUGGAAAAAUAUGAUGGUGUAGAUGCUGGAAAGUAUACUGUUGGCUUGGGCCAGGCCAAGAUGGGCUUCUGCACAGAUAGAGAAGACAUCAACUCUCUCUGCAUGACUGUGGUUCAGAAUCUUAUGGAGAGGAACAGCCUUUCGUAUGAUUGCAUUGGGCGGCUAGAAGUUGGAACGGAGACAAUCAUCGACAAAUCAAAGUCAGUGAAGACUAAUUUGAUGCAGCUCUUUGAGGAGUCUGGGAACACAGAUAUAGAAGGAAUAGACACAACUAAUGCAUGCUAUGGAGGCACAGCGGCUGUUUUCAAUGCUGUUAACUGGAUUGAGUCUAGCUCUUGGGAUGGACGGUAUGCCCUGGUAGUUGCAGGAGAUAUUGCUGUAUAUGCCACAGGAAAUGCUAGGCCUACAGGUGGAGUUGGAGCCGUUGCUUUGCUAAUCGGGCCAAAUGCUCCUUUAAUCUUUGAACGAGGACUUCGUGGCACACAUAUGCAACAUGCCUAUGACUUUUACAAGCCUGAUAUGCUUUCCGAAUAUCCUAUAGUAGAUGGAAAAUUCUCCAUACAGUGCUACCUCAGUGCAUUAGACCGCUGCUAUUCUGUCUACCGCAGAAAGAUCCGUGCCCAGUGGCAGAAAGAGGGAAAUGAUAAAGAUUUUACCUUGAAUGAUUUUGGCUUCAUGAUCUUCCACUCACCCUAUUGUAAACUGGUUCAAAAAUCUCUAGCCCGGAUGUUGCUGAAUGACUUCCUUAAUGACCAAAACAGGGACAAAAAUAGUAUCUAUAGUGGCCUAGAAGCCUUUGGGGAUAUUAAAUUAGAAGAUACCUACUUUGAUAGAGAUGUGGAAAAGGCAUUUAUGAAGGCUAGUUUUGAACUCUUUAAUCAGAAAACAAAGACCUCCUUGCUUGUAUCAAAUCAAAAUGGAAAUAUGUACACAUCAUCAGUGUAUGGUUCGCUUGCUUCUCUUCUAGCACAGUACUCACCUCAGCAGCUCGCAGGAAAGAGGAUUGGAGUGUUCUCUUAUGGUUCUGGUUUGGCUGCCACCCUCUACUCCCUUAAAGUUACACAAGAUGCCACACCAGGGUCUGCUCUUGAUAAAAUAACAGCAAGUUUAUGUGAUCUUAAAUCAAGGCUUGACUCAAGAACUUGUGUGGCCCCAGAUGUCUUUGCUGAAAAUAUGAAGCUCAGAGAAGAUACUCAUCACUUGGCCAACUAUAUUCCGCAGAGUUCAAUAGAUUCACUCCUUGAAGGAACAUGGUACUUAGUUAGAGUGGAUGAAAAGCACAGAAGAACUUACGCCCGGCGCCCCUCUCCAAAUGAUGACACAUUGGAUGAAGGAGUAGGACUUGUGCAUUCGAGCUCGGCAGCUGAGCAUAUUCCAAGUCCUGCUAAAAAAGUGCCAAGACUCCCUGCAACAGCAGCAGAACCGGAAGCAACUGUCAUUAGUAACGGGGAGCAUUAAGAUACUUCUGUGGGGUGCAAGACUUCAGUGUGGGCUGGGGUGGGUGGGCUAUGUAUGGGAACGAUUGGGAGUGGGAUGUCUGGGGACAAUUUUAGAGGAUUACAUGUUGCUUAAAUUUUUAUGUGACUGACAUGGAGCCUGGAAAACUAUCGUGUCCUUGGGAAAGUCUUUUUGCUCAAUUUGCUUAAUAUGCUUCCUAUUGUGAUCUAGCCAAUGCUUAAUGUACUCAGAUGAUGUUAAGGGCUCGGUAAAACUUCAUACCUCUCUGGCCAUUUGUAUGCAUGAAGCUUAGUUUUUAAAUGUGGUAUGAUGAAUCGUGUGCUUCUGGAAGAAAAACGCAGAGGUACUAGUGUCCAAUUUUAAUUUUUUUUAAACACGUGAGAAUUUUAUACUUUGAAUAAACAAGAUUACUGAAAGUACCUGUGGUUUUUGAAAAAAGUUUCUAGUUUAGGGAAUGUGGUCUUAAAAGUGAUAUGAACAAACCCUGUUUGAAAAUUGCAAGACAAACACGCUCUUUUUCUAAAAUUUGUAAAUCCUGAAGAGAGAGGAGAGUUAGGACAGUCACACUGGUUUUGGAAACUGGAAUGUUGCUUUAAGUCCAGGCCAGCGGUGAUGAGCUAUUGUAAUGACCUCUGAACAGAGAGAUGCUAGCAUUGGGCAGACAGCUGGUGUAGGCAACGUGGUACAUUUGGGAGCUAUGCGUGUGGCUCUAGCUCUGUUCUGAAUCAGUUCAAGGUUGAUUAUGCUGAACAACAUUGACGUUAUUGGAAUGCGUGUAUGAGGAAGUUUGUUGUUUCAGUCCUUUGUACCUUAUUUUGAAGAGUAAAUAAAACAUUUUUCUGGCUACCUUUUAAAAAUUUUAAACAAAAAGGAAGGAUGGGGCAAGGCAUUAUUAGGUUACUUCUGAUGCUUCAGCGUUAUAAAUUCAACUAAAAGACUGACAACCUAAAUUCAUGGUGUCAUUAUUCUUUUCCUUUUUAAAAUCUGUUUAAUGAAACUAAAAAGGUAAAACCCAAGUUUUUACAUAGUGUGACUGGCCAAAACGAGUAUUCCACUUCAAGAUCUGGAACUAGGAUCUAUAAAGCAUUUUCUCAGACAUUCACCUAAAAAAAAACUUAUCACACGGGAUGAAUAUGACUGGUUAGACAGUUUUGUAGAUCUUUUUGGUGCUGAACUAUGAUAUGAGCCUUAUAGAUUGUAAAAUAGAGAUAGUUGGAACUAAUGUACAGAACUAAAUUUUUUUAAACUUUAUUUGCUGUUAAAUUCUGUGAAGUUUCAGUUAUCCAAAAUAAAGUUACACAAACAUGAAAUGUAAUAUUUCAAAUUGCAAGGUAACAUGUAAUGUAGUAUUUGUAAUAUACUCUUGUCUAAUGUUAACCAGUGGUAUUUUGAUUUGUACAGUCAUAAUUUGUUAAAAUGACUUCAUUUUAACAUCCACUGAUGUAGCUUAAUAAUGUAAAUUCAGAUUAAAAGAUCGAUGGGGAAACGGUGCAUGUAAUACUUUUGCAAGUAUUGGGAGUUCGGUAUGUUUUGAAAAGAGUAAUUUAACUUUUGAGUGUCAGGAAAUGGGUUUUCUCAAAGUCCAUUGCCGGCAAUGGGCAGGCCUAAUAAUGCUGGCACAGAAAAUUAACUGUACACUUUAUUAACAGUGAGGUGAAUAACUUUGAAUAAAGUUUUCGAGAAAUAUUUCAGA